UGCGUCAUCGUCUCGCGAGAGGGGGAAGGCUUUUUCUUUCUUCGCUGCCUUCCGGGCGACACAGGAAGUGGCCCCGGGGCGCAGGCGCAGUGGCUCCGCGGUAAAUGGGGCAGUUUCCUCCACCAGCGUGAGGGUGUUUCGGCCUUUGGGUUUUUUGUUCGCGCCACCUCGCCUUCGCCUCCUCUUCGCCCGGGUGGGCUCGCAGGCCCCCGAGUUCCUCCCGCUCCCUGCCACCUGCCCCCCCCCCGCCGCGGCGCGACUCAGUGUUUGCUGUACACACGGAGACACGCGUCCCCCAGGGCCAAAAUGAGUCUGUUCGGAACAACCUCGGGUUUCGGAACCAGUGGGACCAGCAUGUUUGGCAGCACAAGCACAGAUAACCACAACCCCAUGAAGGAUAUUGAAGUAACAUCCUCUCCUGAUGAUAGCAUUGGUUGUCUAUCUUUUAGCCCACCAACCUUGCCCGGGAACUUUCUUAUUGCAGGAUCGUGGGCUAAUGAUGUUCGCUGCUGGGAAGUUCAAGAUAGCGGACAGACGAUCCCAAAAGCCCAGCAGAUGCAUACGGGGCCGGUGUUAGAUGUCUGCUGGAGUGAUGAUGGGAGCAAAGUAUUUACGGCAUCAUGUGAUAAAACUGCCAAAAUGUGGGACCUCAACAGUAAUCAAGCAAUACAGAUUGCACAGCACGACGCUCCUGUUAAGACCAUCCAUUGGAUCAAAGCUCCGAACUACAGCUGUGUGAUGACUGGCAGCUGGGAUAAGACUUUGAAGUUUUGGGAUACACGAUCAUCAAAUCCCAUGAUGGUUUUGCAACUCCCUGAAAGAUGUUACUGCGCCGAUGUGAUCUACCCUAUGGCCGUGGUGGCGACUGCAGAGAGGGGACUGAUUGUCUACCAGUUAGAGAAUCAGCCCUCCGAAUUCAGGAGGAUAGAAUCCCCGCUGAAACAUCAGCAUCGAUGCGUGGCUAUUUUCAAAGAUAAACAGAACAAGCCGACUGGUUUCGCUCUGGGAAGUAUCGAGGGGAGGGUUGCUAUUCACUACAUCAACCCCCCAAAUCCUGCCAAAGACAACUUCACCUUCAAAUGUCACCGCUCGAACGGAACCAAUACCUCAGCUCCUCAGGACAUCUACGCGGUAAACGGGAUCGCAUUCCAUCCUGUUCACGGCACCCUUGCCACUGUGGGAUCCGAUGGCAGAUUCAGCUUCUGGGACAAAGAUGCCAGAACGAAACUAAAAACUUCGGAACAGUUAGAUCAGCCCAUAUCGGCCUGCUGCUUCAAUCACAAUGGGAACAUAUUUGCCUAUGCUUCCAGCUACGACUGGUCAAAGGGACAUGAGUUUUAUAAUCCCCAAAAGAAAAAUUACAUCUUCCUGCGUAACGCAGCCGAAGAACUAAAACCCAGGAAUAAGAAGUAGCAGCCGGAGACUUCUGGGCCGUCGGGGGUCGUUCCCUCUCACUCUGCCUCGUCUUUGUGCGAAUUUGGGUCCCAGUUUUUGGUAGGUUGUCAGCCAUGGAUGUGGAUUUCAACCCCUGGAGAAACGAUCAUUGUUCAGCGGUCGGGAGCCCAGCCGGCCACAGCGACUGCCUGUCACAGGUCUGUGCCGUGGCCCUGAGGGGACUGAAGUCAUUAGAGAAGUCAGCUUCCUGUGGGCGACUGCCAGGCAUUUUGCAGCGCGCUUCGUUCAGCCACGUCUGUAUUAGAGAACAUUGGGGAACAUUCUGCGGACGCUGUACUGUAUUUUGUAAUAAAAUAUUUUGAAGAUUGCC